GAACAAACCGCUGGCGCGGAAACGAGCGGCGGAGGCGUUUUAACGGAAACGCAAAUCGUACCGGAUAAUUACAACGUUUCUUCUGGUGUCGCCACGGAAGGCGCGCACAGUGCAAGUCGUUUUGAGGAGGCCGGGGAACAUCAAGAGGUGUUUGUGACGCACGUUUGUGCCGCUGGUAGUGAUCAUGGGGACAAUAGUUGCAAUUUCUAUCGGGCACCUGUUGCAGUGUCGAAGGAGGUCGCUGGUGUCUUGUCGCGCAGAAUCAUCACAAUGGAGCUGGCAGGGAGGAGUUGCAGAUGCGCGACGACACCUCGCUCAGGCAACAACAGUCAAAACGGGUCAGUCACACCAGCCUUAGGGGUUUUCCGAUCUUCUGAAAGAAGCUCCUGCUCUGAAGAUGUUGAGAAAUCUCCGACUUCUGCCUUGAGUCAUCAUGGAGUGCAACUCGACAUUGCGGACGAUUUUUCGUGGCUAUCAGGAGACGAAGAGGAGCAAACGCCUGGCACUUCUUCCGCGUGGUCAUACCGGCGGACGAAGGCGGCAAGAAGUACUUCUAGAACAAACUGCUCUACCAACAAGAUUCAAAUCGCCGAAACAACAAGCCCUUUCCACGACGACCUGAGAGAAGGGUCCCAUCAAAUGCAGCAACAGCAAGUCCAGCCUCCCGGUGGCGCGUUUCUGAUGACAACCCCGACCGGGGACCCACUUCUGAACGCCAGUGGCCAGCAGAUUGUGGUGGACAUGUACGGGAGACCCAUUGAUAAGGACGGAAACGUGAUCGGGCCCAGCAUCGUCCCUAACGCGCCACAACCGCCGGGGGGUGGUGGAGGUGGAAGUGUGGCCGCGCAGUCUGGCAUGCAGCAACCCGCCGCGCAACCGGGAACAGCUUCGCAGCCGGCGUUUCAGACCCAGCAGUCGAUGCAAGUUCCGGGAAGUACUAUGGGGUUCAAUCAGCAGCCCCACAACAAGAAUUUUCCACAAACUUCCACCCAACAUCAACUCUCCGGAACGGCGAAACCUUCUGAUACGGCAACCUCCAACCUCCACCUCUACUUCCAGCAGUCCCUCGCGAUUCUCCUCAAAAACGCGCAAAUCCAGGCAAAGCAAAGGUACAGCAACUGUGCGCGGUUGUGCUGCGUGUUCUGCUGCACGUGUUGCGGUAUUAUUGUUGGGCUGUUACUUGCCGGCGCGAUGACCGCGGCCGCUUCUACGAAUCUUUUGCUCACCGAGUUUGAUUUGGAGGAGAACAACGAGAACCGCGCAAUCCCUUUGUCCGUCGCCGGGUACAAUGGGCAGAUCGAGCGGGAGUUAAAUCUCCGCACCGGGACCCCAAUCUACGGCCCAACGUCCGACAUCCGACUCCCAACCGACCGCGACAAGAUCUACAUUGCGAAUCGCACGGCGGACAUUGAUGCGGAGCCGGACAUUUACUUUCGCUACCAUUUCCGGGAGUUGAAGAAGAACUUGCUCAUGAAAUCCGUUGAUUUACGGUUUCAAGACAUUGGGGCUGCGCAGACGAAGGUGAAUUUCAUAUCCUGAGUAAAAAUGUACCCACACCAGAGUCAAGAUGGGAAAUCCGCUAGACAAAUCCGUAAGCUUUGGCUGUUUCGCAUGACAAAUUUGGACGCGUAGUGCAGUGCUGUUUGAGCUAGCUAAGCAGCAUUACAGAUCUAGUAUCUCAUGCUGAUUGGCGCAUUACAGAUUUCCAAAUCGCAUUAGAAAAUGCUUCUCAUGGGGCUCCGCAUGAGAAACAUUUUAAGCAUGCAGAGUAGCAUGACAACUAUGGUGUGGGUACGUUUUUACACAGGAUAUUUCAACUCCGUUGAACAGUUCCCCAUGUACAUGCUGUACCAGAUAUUACAGUGAAAAAUGCCCCCAUCCCGGAAUUUGCAGAAGUUUGUCAUGCAAAGUUUCCAAACGAAAGCUUUUUGUCUUGCAUCAAAGGAUUGCGAGCGUUUCUGAUGCAGAAUGUGGGUGCGCAAGGUGCCUUGUGCAUAACAGACCCGGCUGCUGUUGGGCUGCUUCGCAACACAAAUUUGACCUAUUCAGCAUGGAAAUUCUGUGAUGCUGAGAUAUGCAAGACGGGGAGUGUUUCCGUUGGAAAGGUUUGCAAUACAAAUGCUGCCAAGCUGGGGGUCGGGGCGUUUUUCAUUGUAAUACCAGAUUGGGGAAGAACACGUGGCGAGUCUAGCAAGUAUCAAUGCCGACAACACGCAUCCACAGUUGCUGAAACGAACAGUUUAUCCUGUGCAAAAGUACUACUGCUCGUACUAAUUGCACGAGAUAUGCAUGUUAAAUCCAACUUUCUACCUCAAAUAGCAUGACAAAUUGAAUUUUAUUCUUGGGAAAAUUUGUAAUGCGUUUUAUACUAGUGCGAUACUUUUGCAAUGCAUACAGUUCCUUCCAGUUCAGAUUUUGUCAACCUGUACACGACGAAAAUUCCUUUGCUGGAGAAGUUCGGGUACCAGUUGAACUAUAUCAAAUGCAAGUAUGUCUGGGUCGGGAAGGAUCCGAACUUGCGAUGCGCAUUUUCGAACACAGAAAAAUCUCUCAUGCAUAGGUAGCAAAAGCUGCCCACUUUCUGUCACCAAAAUAGGAGAUUUCUCAUGCGGGUUCGGCAUUGCGGAAGCUUAUCGAAAACUGUGAUGCUAGAGCUUCCAUGCCAGACCUUCUCUGUCAUGCAAAAAGAGCAUGACUCUUCCAGACCCAGAUACUUUUACAUUUGAUAAACUACUGUCCGGCGCAGAAUUUCCGGUUUUCGCACAUCAACCCGAAAACCGAUUUGGACGAGGAGAAGAUGUGGAAGACGGUUCUGCUAUCCUAUGUAAAAACGUACCCACACCAGAGUUGUAAUGCAGAUUUGCAACGACAAAGACAUUUGUGAUGCGCAUCCCCAUGAGAGUCAUUUCCAAUCGUGUUUUGGAAUUUGCGAUGCUGUGAACAGGAUCAGCAGUUCGAUUUGUGAUGCGGCUCUCCUUGCUAACUUGCACUACCUUACGGACUGAAACUUGUCACGCGUGACUCCCAAAGCUCCUAGGUUUGUGUUGCAAAGUCCCCAUCUUGACUCUGGUGUGGGUACGUUUUUACUCAGGAUAUCUGCUCGAAUCCUACGGGGUGGACGAAUCGCACUUGUACUACCACGGACCUUUAUCUACCAUCACGCAUUCCAAGGCGCGGUUCCGGAAUGAGGAAGCCGGGCGCGGUGUUCCCGGAGCCAUCUGGGACUCGGGCUACGAGUACCACAAUUUGUGCGGUUUGCAGACGCGAAGUUGCCAGUUUUCGAAUUUUUCCUUCUCGAACAAUUACACGAUUUCCGUGCCGGAGGGGUAUGCAAGAAAAAAACUGUGUAAGUGUAAGCCUGUGAUGCAGGAAAUGCAAAAGUGUAUCCGCUUGUCAUGCUGGAUGUGCGUCAUAGGCAACUUUCAUGCGUGUUUCCACGUGCUAGCUGCGCAUGACAGGUUUUUCCUGUAAUGCAAAACGAACUUGUUUUUCAUAUUCAUUUCCUACAAAGUUGCACUUACGCAUUUUUUUUUCCUGGAUAAGGGGCUAUACGCAAGCAGUGCGUCGGUAUCGGCUACGACUGACAACUCGUUUUUCAAAACAUACACGCCAGUAUGCGGAGGUGCCGGAAGUAGUUCAUCUUCGGGGGGUGAUUCGACAAGUCCUGUUCCGACAGUCAUCCCGCAGCUGGGGAAUUUGAAAUCCUGGCGGAAACGCUGGCAGUCGAGAAAUCAAGUGUUACUAAUGGAAAGGUACUCUGCUCAGGAGAGGAAGGAGAUCUUGCAAAUUUUGAACACCUUCUGCGGGGGCGCCAUGCCGACGAGCGUAGUCCCAUCGGGGGGCACCGCGGCGACGGCGGCGCAGAGUGAACAGUGCAGGAAGUUGGCGGAGAAGUACGCGACGGUGAACUUGUGGUGGGAGAAAGGGAC